CUGUCUGCUGUCACCCGCUGGGCCGGUGCAGACGCCUUGGAGCCAUCAGCCUCCCCCCGAGGGGAGCUUCACGCCAGCGGGCUGUUCCCGACUCGAGGCGCAGCCAAGGGGAGGCAGGUUUUGUUCGCUUCCUUGGAGUAGAUGUAAUGGCCUCUCCAAGUAUCUCGGCCCCAGGGAGCCAGGGAGAGGUCAUUGUGUCUGCUACAGCCCCUUUGGGGAGGCAUGAACUGUUAAGCCCUCCGUUUAAUGCCAUGGAAAUGAGGAGCUCACACUAGUCUCAAAUGGCGUGAAUCAUUUGCAUUUAAUGGAAGGGGGACAGAAGGCAAAGAGAGGCGAGGAGUGUAGGCAGAAGAAAUGUCUGGUAUCCAGUUACUAGAUAGACAAUAACCACAUACAAGCGUCUCAAUCAUUUUUUAACAGCUACGAAUGUGCCUUCCUUCGGCUGGGAGCUGGAAAGCCGGAACGGUGGUGUGAGGAUCCCUCUGGAAACUGGGUAAUUGUCUUUGAUGCUGAGCAGAAAGUCUUGUUACAAUGAGUUAUUGGAGCCUGGAUAAGAAAAAUUGUCUGCAGUACUGCAGACAUUUUUUAGUGGACAAUGGUGUAUUUCAUGUUGAAAGAUGUAUGAGUGUAAUGCAGUCUGGGACUCAGAUGAUUAAGCUGAAGAGUGGAACAAAAGGGCUAGUACGUCUCUUUUACCUGGAUGAACACAGGACUUGCAUCAGAUGGAGACCAUCCAGAAAAAGUGAAAAGGCUAAAAUUGUAAUUGAUUCAAUUUACAAAGUGACAGAAGGCCGACAGUCUGAAAUAUUCCAUCGCCAUACCGAGGGGAACUUUGACCCAAGUUGCUGCUUUACCAUUUACCAUGGUAACCACAUGGAGUCACUAGAUCUGAUCACCUCUAAUCCAGAGGAGGCUCGCACCUGGAUCACAGGACUUAAGUAUUUGAUGGCUGGAAUAAGUGAUGAGGAUUCUCUUGCUAAACGACAAAGAACUCAUGAUCACUGGGUGAAACAGACCUUUGAGGAAGCUGAUAAGAACGGAGAUGGCUUGUUGAAUAUUGAAGAGAUCCACCAGUUGAUGCAUAAACUGAAUGUCAAUCUGCCCCGCAGAAAAGUGCGACAGAUGUUCCAGGAAGCUGACACAGAUGAGAAUCAGGGAACCCUAACAUUUGAAGAAUUCUCUGUGUUUUACAAGAUGAUGUCAUUACGACGCGAUCUCUACUUGUUGCUUUUGAGCUACAGCGAUAAGAAAGAUCAUCUCACUGUUGAAGAAUUUGCUCAGUUUCUGAAGAUGGAACAAAAGAUGAAUAAUGUGACCACAGAAUAUUGCCUUGACAUCAUAAGGAAGUUUGAAGUUUCAGAAGAAAACAAGGAGCAAAAUGUUCUGGGGAUAGAAGGUUUCACCAGCUUCAUGCGCAGUUCUGCUUGUGAUAUAUUUAACCCCUUGCAUUCUGAAGUCCACCAGGAUAUGGAUCAACCCCUUUGUAACUACUAUAUUGCUUCAUCUCACAAUACAUACCUGACAGGAGACCAGCUUCUAUCUCAGUCCAAAGUGGAGAUGUAUGCCCGGGUGUUGCAGGAUGGUUGUCGAUGUGUUGAAGUUGACUGCUGGGAUGGUCCAGAUGGAGAGCCAGUAGUGCACCAUGGUUAUACCUUUACUUCCAAAAUACUCUUCAGAGAUGUAGUAGAAGCUAUCAAUAAAAAUGCCUUUGUCAAAAACGAGUUUCCGGUGAUAUUGUCUAUUGAGAAUCACUGUAGUAUCCAGCAGCAAAAGAAGAUUGCUCAGUACCUCAUGGAAAUAUUCAGUGACAAACUGGACUUGUCAUCUAUAAUCGCUGGAGAUUCCAAGCAGCUUCCUAGCCCUCAAAGUUUGAAAGGCAAAAUCCUAGUGAAGGGAAAGAAACUACCAUAUAACCUUGGAGCUGAUGCUGAAGAAGGGGAGGUUUCUGAUGAAGACAGUGCUGAUGAAAUUGAAGAUGACUGCAAGUUAAAGCUCUGUUAUAGUAAUGGUACAACUGAGCACCAGAUGGAAUCUUUUAUAAGAAAGAAACUUGAAUCAUUGAUAAAAGAAUCUCAAAUCCGGGACAAAGAAGACCCUGACAGUUUCACCGUGAAAGCACUGUUAAAGGCGACACAUGAGGGCUUAAAUGUAAACCUGAAACAGAACCGAGACACAAAAGAAAGUGGGAAGAAAUCCCAUAGCCGCUCAUUAAUGGGCAAUUUUGGGAAAUACAAGAAAGCUGUCAAAUCAAGGUCCAAAUCUCAUAGCACAUCUGAUGAUGAAGAAAGUCAACAAAAUUCUUCUGGAAAGGAAACUGGGCAGUUGUACAGGUUGGGCCGCCGGAGAAAAACCAUGAAGCUGUGCCGUGCUCUUUCUGAUUUAGUGGUGUACACAAACUCUGUGGCAGCCCAAGAUAUAGUAGAUGAUGGGACUAUGGGAAAUGUGUUGUCAUUCAGUGAAACAAGGGCCCACCAGGUAGUGCAGCAGAAGUCUGAGCAGUUUAUACUUUACAACCAGAAACAGCUCACCAGAAUCUAUCCUUCUGCAUAUCGGAUUGACUCCAGCAAUUUCAACCCCUUACCGUACUGGAAUGCUGGUUGCCAGCUGGUGGCAUUAAACUACCAGUCUGAUGGGCGCAUGAUGCAGGUUAAUCAAGCAAAGUUCAGGAUGAAUGGCAACUGUGGGUAUGUCCUCAAACCUCAGCAGAUGUGCAAAGGUACAUUCAACCCUUAUUCCGGUGAUCCACUUCCUGCCAACCCUAAAAAGCAGCUUAUUCUCAAAGUCAUCAGUGGACAGCAACUACCUAAGCCUCCAGAUUCAGUAUUAGGAGACAGAGGGGAGAUAAUAGAUCCUUUUGUCGAAGUGGAAAUUAUUGGGUUACCUGUAGAUUGCUGUAAAGACCAGACCAGAGUGGUUGAUGACAAUGGAUUUAACCCUGUUUGGGAGGAAACUCUCACUUUUACCAUCCACAUGCCUGAAAUAGCUUUGGUUCGAUUUCUUGUUUGGGACCAUGAUCCUAUUGGUCGAGAUUUUGUUGGACAACGAACUGUGGCCUUCAGCAGUCUUGUGCCUGGCUAUCGUCAUGUCUACUUAGAGGGACUAACUGAAGCAUCCAUAUUUGUCCAUAUAACAAUCAAUGAAAUGUAUGGAAAGAAUAGGCAGCUGAUAGGACUCAAAGGGUUGUUUAACAAGAAUCCCAAACACAAUUCUGCUGAAAACAAUGGGCAUUACGUGCGGAAACGAUCAAUUGGUGAUCGAAUUCUCCGACGCACAGCCAGUGCUCCGGCAAAAGGCAGGAAGAAGAGCAAAAUGGGCUUUCAGGAAGCUACAGAAAUUAAAGACGGUACCUCUGAGCCAACAGACAUGAAAGACAAGGAAGGAGUUAUAAGGCGUACAACCAGGAGUUUGCAAGCACGUCCUGCUUCUAUGCCAGUUGACAAAUUCCUUCUGAUGGGAUUGUCUUCACCAGAAUGUGAAACGAUUAAAGACACCAAAAGAGAAGAAAAUACCUCUGCAGAUAGCAACAAUGGUAUAAGUGUGAACCAAACAAACUUGAAAGAACAUAUCUUUUCAUCCCCUGAGCAAGCUGCACCUUCUUCAAAUUCUACAUCUCUGCAUAAAAACGCUACUUCCCAGAGUGACACCAGAAUUGGCAGUUCUACAGAAUCACCUGUACGUGAACAUGCAGAAAGCUUUGACUUUGUAAGUGGGAUAGCUGAAACAAAUCACUCCACAGAAUAUCAGAAAAGUCACCUUUCCAAUGAACCUGUUCAUAUAAGGCAGGAUUCAGUUUUUGAUCUUGAUACAGAAAAAAUACAAGAUACAAAUUACACAGAUGAAAAAAGAGAAGAGGAGACUGGAGGAUGUAAAGAGGAGAAGAAAAUACCGGCAGGAAGUUGUGUUUCUGGAAAGAAACAGGAGUUUGACAAUAAUAAAUAUGAUGUCAUUAUGAGCAGUACUGUAACCACUUUUUCACUGACUGAUAUAUCUUCCACCAUCUGUUCUGACAUCUACGAUUUGCACUCGACUGCAGCUCUGCAAGAUAGUGAUGUUUCUCGUCUCAUAGAUGAGGUUUCUUUGACAAACGAGAGCGAGAUGAGUAGUUCUAUCUCAGCACUGAUUGGACAGUUUGAUGUUACAGAUGACCGAACUAAUCUGACUGUUGUUUCAAGUCUUCAUGGCACCAACAACCAAACCUUCAGUGUGGUGUCGGCACAUCCACACAUGUUUACUGUUGAUCUAAGUACACCCCUUAAACAAAACUUUACCAAUGUAAAAUCUGUUGAAUCACCAUUAUUCUCAACACCAGAUACUGCUAUGUUCUCCAGCCCUGAGACGACAGAGUAUUCUGUGUACACAAUUAUCCACGAGGCAUCUCUUUCACCAGCCUCUGAUUGUAAACCAAUAGAUGAACGAGCUUGCAAGAAGUCAGACUGUGUGGAAAAUAGCCUUCCAGUGUCCCUUUGCACUUCCCCUCUCCAUUUGCCAACAGCAAAUCCCAAAAGGAAGUGUGGAACAAAUUGGGAAACCCUUGAGGAUUGCAGUUCCUACACUUUGGAGGAUACAAUAGUUGACCCUCCUGCUUGUAUAACCUCAGCAGGCAGCAGUCUUAUGGAAGUCGAUGGGGAUUCCCAAGACCUCCUCAUAACUGCAUAUGAAUUCAAGAGAGAAGAUAUGAGCCAACUUGCUGCUGCUUUGAAACUGAAACAUAAUCAGGAAUCAGUACACUACUGUGAGAGAAUCUCUGGGAAUAAUUUAAUCAAUGAGGACCCUCACAGUGCUGCCCUGGAUAAUUCAAAUAAUUUUAGGACUGCAAGAAAUCAAAGUUUUCCUUACCCAGCAUUUCAGAGUGUUGGCUUUUUGCAUAAUAAUUAUCUGCAAACUUUAGAUACACAAAAUGAUUUGUUGUAUGUCUCCCAAAGAUCCAGACUAAAUAUGCAUUCACCUACACCCAAGAACACUUUGCCCUACCCUCCUACUGCAGCCAUCAAACAGCCUAGUCCUUGCAAAUCCAAGAGCCUGGGAGACUUGACAUCAGAGGAUAUCUCCUGCAAUUUUGAAAGCAAGUACAAAUACAUAAGUAGAAGCUUUAUUACAUCUGGCAUGAGAGACAAGAAAGUUGCAGCUAUGAAAACUAAGAGACCACAAUCUACAGACACUCUGACAGAACAAUUGCGAAAGCUGGUGUCCUUUGACCAGGAAGACAACUGUCAAACUUUGUAUUCUAAGCAGAAUGACGAUGAUUGCCCCAAGGCAUUGGUCAGAAAACUGUCAUCCAGAAGUCAAAGCAGAGUACGCAAUAUUGCUAGUCGUGCCAAGGAAAGACAAGAAGCCAACAAGCAAAAACUUUCUAAUGCUAGCAGCAUAGCAGGGGUAGUUCUAAGAAACAAACCAUCAGUAUCAGCUCAUGUUAUCAACAGGCAUUCCACUGGCUCUUACAUAGCAAGAUACCUGAAUGACUUCAGUGGGGAGGAUCUGGAAGGUCGGGGUGUACCAGAGGGCGCAUGUACUUCUUUACGUUAUGGAUGCAAUGACCAGUUUUGUACAGAUGAUUCCGUUUUGCAGAUGGAGCCAAACAGUGAUGAUAAACCAGAAAUUUAUUUCCUUCUGAGACUGUAAAUUGUAUACAUGUACAUGUCCGUGUUUACAAACUAUUUCAUUGAAUGAAGGAUUUUUAGCAAGAAGUAUAGUCCUUGACUUUUAAAUUAUUUAGAAAUGCAAUUUUAAGCUAAUGAUUCAGUCUUGAUUUAAUGUGCGGUUUCCUGUCAAAGAUUAUGUAAAUAGAUUCUGUGAUCCUUUCUUAUGUAUGUAUGUAUUUUUAUUCAGAAAUGACAAAGUGAAUUAUUUGCAUGCAAUAGAUCUGAACCUUCACAGUGUCCUGUAUUUGUAAUGCAUGUAAAUUUUAAGAAUAGAGUUCUGCACGUCUGUGCACAUCAGCAGAGCUCAGCAAUUAAUGCAAUAAAUAUAUUGCUUUUUUCCCUAGACCUUUUAGCUGUUUGCAGAGAGAAUUUGAGGAGGCCACCUUUUUGGACCCCAUCUUGGAAAUGCUACUUAGGAUAAUGCUUUCUGCCAUCAGUAGUCAAUGGAACUAUUGAUGGUGGGCAUCACUAUGACCAAUAAGUGUUUUCAGGAGUAGAUGCUUCGUUCAUAAAGCUGUUUUCUAUCUUAAUUGUAUUUACAUGUUUGUUAAUGUUGAUUUUAAGCCUUUUCAUACAUGAACUACAGAUUUGUAGCAUUAGGAUUCAUUCAAUUUUGCAAGUAACUUGUAGAUCGUCUUCCGCUCUUAAUAGUAUGGUAACUUUUUCUUCCUCUUGUUGAGUGCUUAUUUCUGGAUGGGAGUGUGGUGAAAAGGAAUUUUCUUAUACAUAGACUUCUUCCAGCAUUCCUGUUCACCCUAUUCCCACCCUGAAACGAGCAUUCAACAAGUGGAAGAAAAUCUUGCUUUCCAAAUAUUUUGUUAUGUAUUUUUGAUAUUGGCUGUAUAUGUAAUUUGAAUACAGUAGCAGAGAUGUUUUCUAUGUUUGUAAUUAUAUGCUACAUUGUUGAUUGUCAGUAUAGUAGUUACUGCAUACAUAGCAGGAUAAGUAGUUUGGCUUCCAUCAUCACAUGGUUUUGAGAAAAGGGCUUUUUCUGCAUUAUGUUGAAAACCAAGUGAGUUAAUUACAAAAAUACACAAAACUUCCCUGAAGGGAGCAAGAUAGCUUUAUUUUGGGUUUAAGAUAUACUUUGCUGUCACUGUGAACACAUUUUGCAUUAUAUGUAAAAGACCUUUUACUUCUUUUCUUUUGUAAUACAGGAUAUUAUUAUUCAUGGAAACAUCAUUACAAUAGAUUUUUAUGCACCUGGUGCAUAUUUAGUGAUGUUACAGCAAAUGCAAUUACUGUUGAACUUGUGGCAGUCAGUGAUUGCAGACAUUUGUCUUGUCAUGCAUUUGCAAUAAACCUUUAUAAAGGAAAAACCUUCUUAUUUCAGAUGGUGGCCAUAAUUCUAACUAGUAAUUUACAACUCAGAACAUUCUGUUUUCUAAAGGGGAGAAAAGCAUCCAGUGUUGCUAAACUAUUCUGAUAAGAAGUCAUAUUUACUGAGUAUUUCUAUAAUUACCAGUUAGAAAUGACAGUGCCAUAUUUACCAUUUUUCUAUUCUCUCCCUAUAGAAGGUUCUCCUAAUCCAAUAUUUUUCAAUGGAAUCUCUCUACUUUUUGCGUCAAAAUGCCUGUUUGCAGAUUUUGAAUGUUCGCUUAUACAGUGUGUAUUUUUAAUAGAUCUAUUUUUUUUGGCUCUCCUGAUUGAUUUUUUUUAACCAGUCACGUGACAAAAAUAUUUUGUGCUGUAUUCCUCAGCUAGAGCAAGUCAUAUCAAUACAUACACACAGGGAUAGUAACUAUACGGAUGGAAUCACAUCCAAUAUAGUCUCCAGCUCUAUUAGCUGCUGCUAAAUCCCUGUGUUCAGUGACAAUAUUGGGAGCCCACCAGUCCCCCUGUCCAGUGCUCUUAGGGUACAUUUAUACUGCAGGUGGAGCAUGCCUCCCUGCCCGGGUAGAUAGGGUUGCGCUAGCGGGGCCUGAGCAUGUACACUAAAAAUAGCAGCGUGGAUGUUGCGGCUCUGGCGAAGACUCGGGGUACCCAUCUGAGCUCAGACCUAGGGCUGGGUGGGCUUGAGAGCCUGAGCUGCUGCCCAAACCACAUCUUCCACCCUGCUAUAUUUAGCAUGCUAGCUCGAGCCCUGCUAGCAAGUGUCUGUCUGCCUGAGGUAGGAUCUAGCUCCCUGAUGCAGUGUACAUACACUGCUAGUACCCCAGCCCGAAGGUACCAGGCAGCUGCAAUUGCAAGGUGAGUGGGCUAGUGCUGGUUCAGAUCAUGACUGUCUCUCUUUCAGCUAUAAGGCUAUCAGGACAGCAGAGCGCUGUGGACCCCCUCUAAGGGCUUGAGCCAAAGCCCAUUAAAAUCAGUGGGUCUUGGAUCAGGCCUGCAACCAGGCUGAAGGUGGCCAAACAAAGGAUGAAAUGAGUGAGGGACAGGAGUCAGAGAAGUAAGGGGCUAGGGAAGCAAGGGCAGGAAGAGAAUGGUAGCUGGGGAAUUUGGGAGGGGGCAAGAGGAACAAUUCAAGGAAUGUAAAACAAAUAUUGACUGGCUUUCGGGGGAGAGUAGCAGCAAUAAAAAUGCUUCAAGGCAAAAACCAACAUAACAAUGGCACAUGUUGCCCUUUGGUUUUAGGCUCUGCACUAUAACCACAAGAGCUAUUCUUUCUCAUUGACAAUAUUUUAGUGCUAUUCCCAUUGGAGCUAGACAGUGUUUGUGUUGGAGAACCUCUUGAAUGUAUGCAAGGCAUUGUCCAAAAAAAUUCGGACUAGGAUUAUAGAAUACUGAUUUCAAUGAAUGCAGGAUUUUUAAUUCAGUUGGAUGCCUUCUACCAAGCACUAAUAUUGCUGUCUGUUCAUUCUGAUGUUUUACAUUUUGUACAGAUCCCUCACUCUAGAUGAAUGCAUAAUGCAUAACGCAACGUCAUGUACAUUUGUCUCACUUCAGUGUUAAUUUCCUAGGGAACAAAUAUGCUAUUUCAAAGCAUUCAUGAAUAUUAUGACUCUGGAACUUGUGCAAAAUAUGUGAAUGAAAAACAGGAAGCCCUUGAAUAGUACUUAAUUAUGGCAACUGCUUCGGAAAAAAUUGUUUAUUUUGUGAGAUUAAGUAGGUCACUUGUUUUGUUUUUCUUUGUCAUUGUUUUUUGCAUUAAAAACACAUGUUGCUAUGAUU